UUUUUAAUUCAGAUGCAUUACUUCUUCGUGAGCGAAUUCAUGGACUAUGGUAAUCUAGAAAUGGUACUUCUCUACCAGGGCUACUUCGAAUAUACACAGGUCAAGUUCUACUCGGCUGGCAUUUUACUGGCCGUCCAUUACCUGCACGAUCAACAUAUCAUUCACAGGCAUUUCAAUUUUUUUCAUUUUUAA